CCGGAAUCCAAAUAAGGAAAUGACGUGCUGCAUGCGCUGUCUCAAAUAGAAGACUGAAACACUGACACCGGGGCACCGGGAUUGUGAGAGGUUACCGAAAGAGUGGGACCUGGCGCUUAAACCAGACGAGGAUGGGGGACAUAACUGAAGGUGAGACUAGCUUCUACUCCAAUGCAGAGGGCUACUGGAGGGAGGUCCCCCCCACAGUAGAUGGCAUGCUGGGUGGCUACGGCAGCAUCUCCAGCAUCGAUAUCAAUGGAUCCAAGGCUUUCCUGAAGAAGUUCCUUGGUGAAGGGGAAGGGAAGACAGGCACAGGCUGUGCUCUGGAUUGUGGAGCAGGCAUCGGGAGGAUCACCAAACGCUUACUGCUGCCUCUGUUCAAGACCGUGGACCUAGUGGACGUGACGGAGGAGUUUCUGGAUAAAGCCAAGACAUACCUAGGAGAGGAAGGCAAGAGAGUGGGGAAGUACCACUGCAGCGGCCUGCAGGACUUUGUACCAGAGAGCGGACGCUAUGAUGUCAUCUGGAUCCAGUGGGUUAUUGGCCACCUGACAGACGACCACCUGGUGGACUUCCUGCGGCGUAGCCAGAAAGCACUGCGGCCCAACGGCCUCCUCAUCAUCAAGGACAAUGUGUCGUAUGAGGGCGUGGUGCCCGAUGAGGUGGACAGCAGCGUCUGCCGUGACCUGGAAAUACUUCACACUCUAGUGGGCAGAGCGGGCCUCCGCAUUGUCCAUGAGGAACAACAAAUUGACUUCCCAAAGGAAAUCUACCAAGUCCACACACUUGCUCUAAGAUAGAACUGUUCCCUCCUCCAUGUGAUAGGCCUUGUGUAUAUGCAGCAUUUCUGAUGUGGAAAUAAUGUUUUUCUAGUCAGGAAUCCAAGUAUUAUCUGUGAAAUGAUCUGCAAGUGUGUGUUCCUCAUGCCCUGCAUUGGUCUUCUGCUCUAUGCUAAUUGCUGAGUUAUCUUUUCUGAGCUAUCCUGCCACAUUACACUUCUGUUUUAGGAAUAUUUGUUUUAGAACAAAAAAACAGCAUCACUCUUACACGGUUUAUAGUUUGUCAUCAUCGCGCAAAAAAUAUUUAUUUAUUACACACAGGGCAGAUUCAUUGAAGUCUAAUAUGAUCCUUACCCCGAUGUCCACUGGAAGCUUUUCAGAAGAGAAGCAUCUUCAGUCUAAUAUCACGCAGACACAUUUUCAAUGUUAUUGAGUAUUUUAAUAGAUUUUUAAUGUUUUACAGCUUAUUGACAACAUGUUUGCAGAUCAAUGUGGUAAUGGUCUUUGUGGCUGUAUUUGACUGAUUUUAUUAGGGAUGUCUCAAGAUGUCUCUUGCCUAAAUAAUGGGUACUGCCAAUUCUGAUUCCGAUCCGAUACUUAUAUUUACAUAAAUGUUUAUUAAAUGUAUCUGACAAAUUUGAAUACUGAGAAGCUGCUACCUGAAUGUUUUGUACACUGCUCUUCAAGAUAAAAGUAGAGGUAAUGGCUCCUUAA